UCAAAGCUCCGGUGGCACCUGCGCAGUCGAAGGACGAGGCACAGUCGCAGCAUGUCCCUGCAUUUAAACUCAAUGGGCAGUCCGCAAGUGGAGAGGGCACAGUCCAGCAAACCAGUCCACACAGACGACAAACCAGCCCACAGACUAUAUCCAUGUCUGCCAAACAUAGACAGGUAUGAGGUUUGCCUGCCGGUUCGCUCGGUCAAAGGUCGACUUAAUCCAACUGCAGAGUUUCCUCCCCAGCUCGAAGAGUCAGAAGGGUCUUUUUCCAUCAGUGAUAGCAAGAUGAUGGAACAGAUGCUCAUCUUAAAGGAGCAGAGAAAAGAGCUUCUUUCUAUUAAUGAGAAAUGGGCAAGAGAGUACCGAACCAUGGUGCAGUACUACAAAGAAAAGCUGAGGUUUUCAAAAGAAGUACAGCAGUGCGAUCACAGCACGGAGGAGACGUGUGAGAAAGAAGUCACAUUAAAUAGAAAAGUUAAGACGGUCAAAUAUAAAGAAAACACGCAGGAGAAGUCAGGAGAAGUCAGCAGUGAGUUACUCAAAGCAGAGAAGGAAGUGAGAGAGCUGCGAGUGCAGAACAACACCCUGACCCUCAGGGGGCAGCAUCAGCACGAGGAGAUCCGACGGCUGAACAAGGCCUUAGUUGAGGCACUUCAACCUUCCCAGUCCCACUCUGAAAAACUACAGGAUAUCUGGAAACAUCAGGCUGAAGUCUAUAAGGAAGACUUUCUGAAAGAGCGCAGGGACAGGGAGAAGCUCAAGGAGAAGUAUCUGGAACUAGAGAAGAAGUUUAGAAAGGUUCACUUCGAGCUGCAUGUCCUCAAAACUCAGGCGACUCCGGGGUCGGGGCUUCAGUGUGCCUGCACUAGUCGAACCAAAUGUCCGGAUCACGUUCAUUUGCAAAGGCGUUGCACUCCGGAUAGCAAGCAGUGACCUCAUCCUGGAGUAUGACGACCAGGUUAAAGUUCAUCAUGAGGAGGAUUUGCUGGUUUAUAAGACUGAUCAACCUCGAGGAUCUCCGUCAGCUUUUCAUCGUAUUCUUGACGAGGCCUCUCCACCUGCCUGACCUUUUUGGAGGAAGAGAACACAAAAGCACAGUAGUGUAAACUUCCCAAGAGGAGAGAAGGAGCAAAGACUGGAACGAAAUAAAAAUUUGCCUCUUAAGAGGCAUCCCCAGACACUAUUGACAAGUUUCAUAUGGAAAAUGGAGCUGAGUCUUGCGUCCAUCAGAGGGGAGUGCUGAAACUUAUAGACGUGAACAUGUACAACCACAAUCUACGAACAAGAGAAGAAGCAACAUUUUUCUGACUCUUUAUACACUAUAUUACCUCAGUGGCUGUAGCCACUUUCAUUACUGGAAGAUCCAGUUUCUCUGCUUGAUUUUAUGGAGGUCACCAUAUAAAAGUUGUAGUAGAAGUAUAUAUGUAUUUGCACAGUAUAUUUAUGUAUGUUUAACGUGCAAUGAAUGAAAUGGAAUGUAUUUUUUUCAGUUUCUUGCUAAUUUAUCAUGAAAAUAAACUACUAAACUACA